GUUGUCUCCUGCCGCCAUGGUCCUCCAGUCUCAAGCAUAUGUCUUCGACGCUCGUCCGGACUACCCCUUGCUAGUAUCUGUCAAGCGCUACUGGGAUCCAGAAACAUCGUCGGAAGUGCCGGACGCGCUCACCCUCGUCUGGACUCACGCGACGGGCUUCCACAAUGAGAUCUCCGAGCCCGUAAUGAAGGACCUGUGCGCGCUACCUGGCCUUAAGAUACAUGACAUGUGGGCUAUUGAGUGCCCGAACCACGGCACGUCAGCCGCAUUGAACGAGCGCGAGCUACAGUUUGGCUACGAGCCCGUGUUUGGCUGGAGUGAAUACGCGCGUGCAGUGCAUCUGGUCCUAGCAGGACAGGGCAAGGGCAUCGACGUCGACUUCAGCCAGCGUCGCCUCGUCGGUAUCGGGCAGUCGAUGGGUGCUGUUGCGCUCGAGCUGUCGCUCACGUAUACCCCGCGUGUGGCCUACGACUCUCUUAUACUGGUCGAACCGAUGGUCAUGAACCGCGAAGCGACGGCUGGCCCUCAUCAAUUCUUGGUCAACGGCGCACGCAACCGACGUGAUAUUUGGCCGAGCAAGCCUGAAGCGUACAACCUCUUGAAGAGUCGCAGCUGGAAGACCUGGGACGAUAGAGCUGUGCGGCUGUUCGUGGAGCACGGCCUGCGUAGUCUGCCUACGCUUGAGUACCCGGACAAGACUGAAGGCGUCACUUUGGCAUGCGCGAAGAGGCAGGAGGCUGCGACCUACGAAGAUCCUCUCGGCGUCGCUCGUGCAUACGGUUUCUUGAAGCACGGCGUCAAACGUGUUCCGACGCACAUAAUUUACGGGGCCGUCGACGACUAUCUACCUGCUUUCGUCAAGGACGACGUGAUCAACAACGCGAUAGGCGGUGUGCAGCACCUUGCCUCAUUGUCUCGCGUCGAGAAUGCCGGACAUCUCGUGGUGCAAACGAGUCCAAAAGAAUUAGCAGGGGCGAUACACCGAUGUCUCCGGUCGCAAGCGACGAAAUCGAGGUUAUGAUAGGAUAUCCAUCAGAUGACUUGAAGAUCUGGGGCUGACCUGAUAAUACGAGGAAUAGGAGCAAUAGAGCGCCCGCUCAAUGGUUGUAGGCGCUUGUAAAGGGGGUCGUCUCACGCUGAUAUAUAUCCCGUUCUUUCC